AUGGCAACAAGAACUGUCAAGCAAAACUACUUCACAUGCACGCUAGGCCAUGCGGCGCAGAGCAAGGAGCAAACUGGACAUCUGGAUCACGAAUAUGGUACUGUACUGCAGUUGAUUGAUGGGAACUGUCGCCGCUUUCCCCAGAUUGCGAACUUUGCUUGGACCAGCCUCCUCAAGGAAUAUUCCUAUUGGAUCGAAUAUCGGACUGCUGUCCAGGAGCAAUAUCGACUUCGUGCUGUCUUGGCUUGGCCUUUUGCGACUGGGACACACGGCAGUGUUUCUUGCGCAAUUGAGCACCUUUGUGCCACAUUGAACGUACAGAUCUUGCUUGUGGAGGAUUGCUCGAAUAUAUCCGUAGAAGGAGUGGAGCAGGUUGAGAUUCCUCGUCUGUCGCCAUAUCAAGAAUAUGUCGCAAAUAAAAAGGCCCUUUUGAAAAUUGAGAGCAACAGAGAACCCGAAAUCGCUUAUUUCUCUCAUACUUCAGGAACAUCAUCUGGCUUGCCCAAACCGAUCCCCCAGCCUCAGUCCGGAAUAGUCCAGGUUCUCCCAUGCUUUCAAGAAGAAAAUCAACCCGCCACCUUCUCUACAACGCCCUUGUAUCAUGGAGGUCUCCCGGACUUGCUCAGAUCCUGGAUGAGCGGCUCGAUGAUCUGGUUCUUCCCUGAAGGGCUCGCACCGAUUACCGCGUCCAACAUCAUUAGUGCCGUUGCGUACGCUCGGAGGAAAUGCGAUGCUCCGGUUCAAUACUUUACAUCAGUUCCGUAUAUCUUGCAAAUGCUCGCCGAAGAUAAACGCGGUGUCGAACUUCUCCAGUCAAUGGACCUUGUUGGUGUGGGCGGCGCACCAUUACCGCCCACCGUAGGCGACGGGCUGGUAGAGGCUGGUAUAAAUCUUGUCUCGAGGAUGGGGAGCAUGGAAUCCGGAUUCCUCAUGUCGUCACACCGGGAUUAUCAACAAGACAGGGAAUGGCAGUAUCUGCGUCCUAUUCAAGAUGAGCGAUAUCUCCAAUUCGAACCAAGGGACAACGGGCUAUCUGAGCUUGUUGUGAAACCCGCGUGGCCGUUCAGAGUUAAAACAAACCGAGAAGAUGGGUCGUACGCAACCGCAGAUUUGUUCGAACCUCACGGGGCGAUUCCAAACGCAUGGCGCUAUCACAGCCGUGCUGAUUCUCAGCUUAUGCUCGCCAAUGGAAAGAAAUUUGAUCCCGCGCCCAUGGAAGCGGACAUCCUCGCUGCUACAAAUAUGCUACGUGACGUCUUUAUCUUUGGGAACGGCAAGAACUAUCCCGGUAUUCUUCUGUUUCCCUCUUCCUUGGAUACAUCAGACACCACCGUACUUGAUAGCACUUGGACUAUCAUACAAAAGAUAAACUCUCAGUCUCAGGGUCAUACUCGAAUCUCAAAGUCAAUGGUUAUUGUCGUCCCCGUGCCUCUAGGUGAGGCAGCCCUGGAAAAGAGUAGUAAAGGCACGUUACUUCGUCUUCAGGCCGAAGAACGAUACAAAUCUUGGAUCGAGGCGGCAUAUAGAAAACCUGGACUCGUGGACCCAGUACAAAUCACUAGCCGCGACCAGCUCUUCCAGGCAGUGCUGGAGUGCUUUUUCCGAGUCCUUGGCCGCAAUAUAGACCCCGACGAGGAUCUUUACAAACAAAACGUUGACUCGAUGGCGUGCUUGCAAAUUCGGGCACAGGUUAUGCAAGUUUGCCUUUCCGACCCGGAAGAACAGCUUCCACUCAAUAUCAUAUAUGAGUGUGGGAGCGUGAAGAAUUUAGUCAAACACCUUGAACAAGUUCGCAGUGGAGAAUUCCCCGAGAAGCGAGACCAAGAUGAGAGAAGACAUCAAUUGAUGCGACAAAUGGCGGAUAGAUACAAAGACUUCCCUGGUUCCUUGCGCCCUCACAUCCACCAACAAGGGUCUAGAAACCUGGUAGUUCUGACUGGGGCUACGGGGUUUUUAGGUGCACACAUUCUUCAUUCAUUACUCUGCAAGGAGCAGAAAGUCGAUGCUGUGUAUCUGUUGGUCCGAGCCAAGACCCCAGAAGAUGUUUACCAGAGGGUUGCCGGUGUUCUCAUACAGUAUGGAUUGAUUGAUCUUCAUCAAACCUUACACACAAAGUCAAGUGUCGUGUGUCUACCCUUUGACUUGUCGGAUGGUGCAAUAGGAUUUUCGAAAGAACACCUAGACGAUUUCUCGAAAGCAUCAACAACCUUUAUUCACACAGCUUGGACUGUCAAUUUUAAUCUGCGCCUUCCCUCGUUCGAGGACCAGGUAUCUGGGACUCAGCAAUUGAUACAGUUAGCUAUCAAAAGCAGUGCAAAAUUCGUCUUCAUUAGUUCAGUCGCAGCUGUGAGCUCUGCAGCCUCUACCCUAAUACAGGAAGAUGUGUCCGAGGACCCUGCUGAUGCUUCACCCCUGGGAUACUCGGAAUCCAAAUGGGUUGCGGAACAAGUUUGCGCAGCGGCGUAUAAGGCAGUAACAGCGACGGAACGCGCUCCGGGCUCAGACAUGCCUCCGUGGAUGUCUAUCAUUCGCGUUGGCCAACUGUGCGGCAAUCAGUCCGGUAUAUGGAACAAAAGUGAGGCAUAUCCUUUGAUGCUGUCCACAGAAUCGCUCGUCGGGUGUUUGCCCCGCCUUGAAGACCAGCCCCUUGACUGGUUACCUGUUGAUAUUGCUGCCGGUGCCGUUUUGGAAAUCGCGCUGGGAGCGCAGGCCAAAAUAUCAAAACAUCCUUCCCAUCGGAGCAGUUUGGCGACUAAACCACCUGUAUACCAUGUCAUGAACCCAUUCAGAUACCCUGACUGGUCGCAAUUACUCUCAUGGAUAUCUGAGGAUCUUGGGCGAGGAAACUUGGAGGUUGUUCCAUCGUCGGAAUGGGUCACGAGACUGGAAGACACACUAGCUCAAACGAAUGGCCACCAUCCGUCUCAUGUUCUGGUUGGAUUGUGGAAGGGGAGUUUAGCUCAGAAGGAAGUGGCAAGCCCGACGGGUAAAAUCAGACCCGGCAUGGUUCAGAGCUACGAGAUGACCCAUGCCAAAGAGAGUGUGCCUACCCUACGGGAUCUUGAGCCACUGGACAAGGAAAGGGUGCUAAAAAUCUGGGCUUGGGUGCGUGGGAACAUCUGA